CCCGUCAAGACCCGGAGCCACCUAGCCACCGCGGAGCUACAGAGAAUCACCCGGGACUCUGCUUGACUCCGCAUCCGGGAAGCAACACUCUCCGUCUGGGGAUGCUCGACUUUUGAUCCUGCAGAGGAUGGGCACAGGUGACAGACUACUUGAUAUCCCGUGCAAUGUAUGCGGGGACCGUAGCUCUGGAAAACACUACGGGAUUUACAGUUGCGACGGGUGUUCAGGAUUCUUCAAGAGGAGCAUACACAGCAAUCGAGAAUACACCUGUAAGGCCCAAGGUGCGAUGAAGGGGCGCUGCCCCAUUGACAAGACACACAGGAAUCAGUGUCGUGCUUGUCGCCUAACCAAGUGUUUUAAAGCCAGCAUGAACCGGGACGCAGUACAACACGAGCGUGGUCCCAGAAAGCCGAAGCCCCUUUCGGUUUUAACGGACAAACGUCACCAGCAACAGUCGCCCAAUGGAGUCACGCGAUUAUCACCCCAUCCCGGUACACCAGGACAUCACGAUACAUCCAGAGUCGAGUUUAGAGCACAUAUUCUUGCUCAUCAAAGGCGACUCAGGUGCGAACGAAGGCCAUACUCACGGCCAGUCGCUCUUAUGCAGAAGCCAUUCGAAACCACUCCUUCAUCAGCUUCCUUGGUACCUCCACCACCUCCACCACCACCAUCACCACAGACAACAGCCCUGAAUCACUCAGCAGCUGUCACCCUAAGACCGCAGCCUCCUCUUCUACAGAUACUCAUGACUCCCGAGAAGUAUCAGGAAAUUAUGUGGAGCGCAAGAUUACGAUCGGAGUCCGAAGUUUCUCUGGAUCAAACGGAAACCGAAACCAGUCACAGUCCUACGGCGAGUUUACAAAGUCUCAGUCCUACUUGGGAAAUUUUACAGGAGACAACCGCACGAUUACUCUUUAUGGCCGUACGGUGGGUUCGAUGGUUGGCUCCUUUUAGAACACUAGCCGAACCAGAUCAGUUACUCUUGUUAGAAAGGGCCUGGACUCCUCUCUUUCUUCUUCAUCUGGCACAGUGGUCCGUAUCCUGGGACAUUUCAGGCAUCCUCGAGAGUAAACAUGUCCGUGGAAAAUUACCGUACGACAACGACGAGUCACACGGUGACCUCACAAAAAUUCUGCACAUAAUGCGUAAAUUUCGGCAAAUCGGUCUUGACACCAACGAAUGCGGGUGUCUCAAAGCUGUGGCUCUUUUUGCAUCAGAUACGCGAGACUUGAACGAAGUCGAGACUGUGGAUAAGCUUCAGGAUCAGGCUCAGUGCAUCCUCAGCGAUUAUAUACGAUCUCGUUAUCAAGAUCCUCACAGAUGCGGGAGACUUCUGAUGCUGCUGUGGAGUUUACGGACAGUCAAACCGUCGACCGUUGAAUUUCUAUUCUUCCGAGAAACCAUAGGAGAGAUACCGAUAGCGCGCCUCUUGCGUGACAUGUAUAUGGAAGGACACCAAGAGACAAACGAGAAUAAAGAAUUGAGAAGUAAUGCGGCUUCGGAAAAAAAAACUGAGCCCAAGAAUGGCGAGAUUCAAUCGGCAAUCUGGAUUCCUCAGCAUUAACAAGUGCGACCUGUGUUAUAGAGAUAGUCUAUUCGAUUUUCCUACAUAAUAUUCAAAGCGUCUUGCCGAAAAUCAGCCGACGAAAUGAAAUGCAAAAUAUUCAAAAGAAAAUACUUAGUAAUAUUAAAGAUGAUAACGAUUAUUCUUGAUGGUCGUUCAUUAAAAAAAAAAAGCGCAUAACUCAUUUUGUUUUCCAAAUAGGAGUCCAUAUUUGAAUAAUACAUAUCUCAUUCUCAUUCGGAGAGUCUACGUCAUUAUCGCCAUUGAUCUACACGAUAAUUUUUAUUUAGCGUAGAUGCAUCUAUUAGACGUCAUACAUGUACGCGUAUCGUAUAAUGAAAUGUUUCAUAUAUCCCAUUACGUCGUGUUAUUUUUAACCCUUAGAGGACGUGCAGAUUCUUUAACUUCUACAGUUUCUCGCUGGAGUUUCAAUACAUAUGCUAGAGUGAUACUGUAGGAAACAUAUGAGACCGAUGUAAAGGCAAACAAUCGGCUUCCCGUCUUCUAGAGGUUAAUUUAUUCCAUACAGUUAUGAAAAAUGACGACUAAGAGAACAGCGUUCAACUCCUUAGAAAUAUACACUGUAGAAUAAAAAUUCUUUCUCUGUAAUUCAUGCUGAUUGCUCAUUCCGCAAUUUGCAUUCAUAGAAAAUAAUUUAAUAAUUCUCUCUUUGAUCGGUUCUAGAUCUCAUUGUGUGAUCGUUAUUGUCAGUAGUACCGAAAUGAUCUGUAGAGAAUCAAUCAAUUAAUGGAUUCAUAUAUAUGUUGCACCUGUAUUCCGCAAUCUGUGAUAUUUUUGCGUAAACCCUAUAUUUUACACAGGAGAUAAUUAUUAUUUGUCCCUUAUUGGUUUAGCGUAAAAAAAAAAAUUGUACAUUUACCUAACUGAGGAGUAAUUUCUGCUAUGACCUAAUUUCAGCUAAUCGACACAGUGGGCCUAUCAAUGUUAUUUCUACUGGAAUUUAACUUGCUCUUAAUUACAAUGAAAUUCAAAGAACGUUUAUCGUUUUUAAUUAUGUAGAAAAUUACUCGCUCGGCUAUAUCAUACCAUAUAUGUUUAAGAUCUUAAAAGUUCGUUCCUAAUCGACUAAUAUUUCUUCCAAAGAAAUUUAGUUAUUCAAUAUAUAAUAUAUAUUGUAAGAUAUAUAUUAUUAAAGCAUUUUACAAUUUUCGUUAUCUAUUUUAUAUAGGUGGUACGUAUAUUUAAUGGUAUUAUUAGUUAUUAUCAUGAGAAACAAUACACUAACUGUGAAUAAAAGACUGUCUGCUAAUGAGCUAUCAGUUUCAAUUGGAUUAAUCCGAUUUUUUACGUUAUUUACGUAGUCAAUGUACGUACGUAAUGUAAAGUAGCUGUAAAUGUCUCUGCUGUAAAUCGAAUCAACUUAAUGUAUAAAUGUACUACGUAUUCAUGUAAUAUACAUAUGUUAUAUUUGCCUUA